AAAGUGAGCUCGUGGUGAAAGCUACAUAAUUUGCGGCUUCCCUCUUUAUCCUCUCUGACUUUUCUCCUCUUUUUCCUUCCACUCUCUCUCGUAUUACUUUGUUUAUCUUCCCCUUAUCCAGCUUUGGACUCGCAUGCGACGGCUUGGAAAAGUGCUAUCAACAAUGGCUUCGGACAUCGUCCGGGAUGGUGUUUUUGCCAUAAACAAGCCUUGCGGCAUCAGCUCUGCCCAGGUGAUACGAGAAUGCCAGCAAGCCUUCAACCCUUCCUCAUUCUUCAAACCGAUGAUCGACGCAGAGAUUGCCCGACGACUGAAAGAAGGCGGCCAGUUCCAUCGGCGCAGGGCUGAGAAGAAGGCUUCUCAGGUCAAGAUCGGCCAUGGAGGAACUUUGGAUCCCUUGGCGACGGGUGUAUUGAUUCUGGGCAUUGGAUCUGCCACAAAGCAGCUUCCUCAGUUCCUCGACUGCACCAAAACGUACGAGACCAUUGUCUUAUUCGGCGCGAGUACCGACACCUACGAUAGAGUCGGCCGGAUCUUGUUCAAGCGUCCAUAUGAUCACAUCACACGAGAGAUGGUGGAAAAGGAGCUGGAGGGGUUCAAGGGCAAGCAGAUCCAGAUCCCACCUCUGUACUCCGCGCUCAAAAUGAACGGCAAGCCUCUCUACGAAUAUGCGCGCGAAGGAAAGCCUAUACCCAGAGAGAUUGAAGGAAGAGAGGUCGAAGUGCUGGAAAUUGAGCUUGUGGAAUGGUACGAGCCUAAGAAGCACUCUCAUCGCUGGCCAACAGAGGAAGCAGAAGCCGCUGAGCGCAAUCUUGCCGAGCAGGCCUGGCGGGUCACGAAACAACAGGAGACUGCGCGGAAGCUCACGCCAGAGGAGAAGGAGCAGGAUGAUCAAGCAGUUGCGGCGCAUGAGAGUUUCAAGCGCAAGUUCGAGGAGCGACAAGACGAGCUCAUCAGAGAUGCGCCACGUAAGAAGCAGCGCCCUUCCAAGCACUCUGCCAUGAUGUCUGGCGCACUCGGCCAGCUGCCUCAGCCCAUCCACUCAAACAAGGGUAAAAAUCUUGUGCCUCCUUCGCCCGACGAGAGCACCCCUCCGCCGUGGAAUGACGAAGGUCCUCCUGCUGCUCGGAUUCGAUUAAAGGUGACAUCAGGCUUCUACGUGCGAAGCUUCUGCCAUGAUCUUGGCACCAAGCUGGGAUCGGCAGGCCUCAUGGCCGAGCUUGACCGUGUCCGCCAGAGUGAUUUCACCGUCGGCGGCACCAACUGUCUCGAGUACGAAGACCUGGCCAAGGGCGAGGAGGUUUGGGCACCCAAGGUCGCCGAUAUGCUGGCGCGAUGGAAUGGAGAGCCCGAGGGACAGUGGCCUGGCCCCCAGGCAGCUGAAUCACAGAAGAAGCCAGAAAAGAGAAGCCCAAGCCCAAGUGAUGGAGAGAAGCCUACACGACAAACCAAUGGCGCCAAACCUCCCACAAAGGCGGAUGAUGAGAAGUCCUGGAACGGAUUUGAUGACUGAAGUGGGAGAACAAAAAACAAAAGAAUACCAAAAAAAAAAGUCAUGAUGAUUAAUAUAUCAAAGCGGAUCAUCUCCUUCUUGUUGUUCAGGAGGGGAAUACGACAGCGUUGUCCCGGACAGUUGAUGAAACCAGGGACACAUGCCUAUGCGUACGCAAACCAAUGGCGUAGGGGCACGAAGGCAUUUUAUAUAGAAUCGCAAGCAAAUACUUUCACGAGUGUAGUCUCUUACACCAUGCUACCAUAAAGAUACAUCUCAGUUCUCAUGUGUCUCUAUCCAGUGAUUAGUCAAUGCCUGUUACAAACACCUUACUAUGCACUUCCCGGCCACUCCCCCCAAUCGUGCAAAUCCAAAAGCUGUGGUAUUAAAGUCAAAAGCCAGGGCAUGUUCCAUUCUUGCGCAUUGCCCAUUCGCCAACGAAAGAAGAGUAUAAG